AUGGCCGAGAAUCAAGAUAGUGCCGCGUUCCUAAAUGGAAGCGCGAUGAAACCUGACGCCUUUGACGGCACAAAAUCCAAGUACAUCGCUUGGAAAACGCAAAUGAAAUUGUAUGUAGUCACACAAAGGAAGCGGCUACCAGAACAAUUCGACAGGGUCCUUAUGAUCUUGUCGUACAUGAAAGAAGGACAUGCGGGUGAAUACAUCGCCACAUACAUGAAGAAGUAUGACACGGAUGAAGAUGCCGUGAUCCAGACUACGAACGAUUUAUGGAAGGACUUAGAUAUACACUUCCUAAUCGAUGAACAGGCAGAAGCGUACGAUAGGCUGCAGGCAAUGCAGAUGGGAGCGCUAUCGGCGCAAGAAUUCUUCUCGAAGUUUGAAUUGUGCGCCUUCCAGGCGAAUAUUCACAACUUCGAAGCGCACUUCCAGGAACUCAAGUCGCUUCUAGAAAAAGCACUCUGGGCCGACAUCAUUUGGCUUCUGUACAAUUCAUCAGAAGAACUCCCCGCUACAUACGCACUCUACAAACAACGGAUCGCACGCAUCGACCUGAAUCAGCAGCAGUACCAUCGGCGAAACCCACAGCCCCAGCGACAAGGACAAUUCCAGCCUCGGCAGCAGCAAGCACAAAAAACCCCGGUAGUUCCCACUACCAACGCGUUCACACCCCUCGCAUUGCUCCAAGAAGCUCCUGCCGCGACGGCAGAACCAUUCAACUGGAAAACGGCAAUUCGCGAAGAAAUUCGCGCGGCCAUGAAGGGUUUUGCAAGCGGUCAGCCGGGCGUGUAG